AUGGACGCGUACACAUCGCUUCUGAAUCUUAACUUCAUGUCGGCCUGGCGAACAGGCAACAGUCUGAUCGACAUGCUCAUUGCCAUGACUAUUCCUUUUGUGUCAAAUUGGGUGGCGAGGUUCUUUUCUGUUAUUUGGCCUGCUUAUGUAAAGAAAUUUAUUGCGUGGAUUCUUCCCAAAGACGCGGAAGUAAUAAUUCAACACGGCCUGACCGAUCGAUAUCAACGGGCAGUGGAUUUGACUGAAGGGUCGGUUCUGCAGGAGGCUGUUGAACGUUACAUCAGCCAUGAGUUGAAGCCCUUCUACUCGAGUGGUGAAGUUGUGUACAAUAUGGUGUCGCACAGCGACGGGCCUGAUAGGAAGACCAUGGCGCAGGUGUUGGAGGAGGACUUUAGGCUUUUCUGCCGCCCCUUAAGGGAGAGCGUCCGGCUUGGGAACGGCAUUGCUUUUUUCAUACGGGAGUCGGAGGAUGAGACGCCUUCCAAUUCGAAGGGCGUCGUGGCGAAUGGCGGUGGAGAGAAGGGAGGGAAGUUGCGAACAAAGGCCCGGAUGCGGGAGGUUUUUUUGAAGGAAAAGGCAGGAGGCCGCGAUGAGGGCGAUAAAGUGUUGGCGUUUGUGCAGGCUGCGUUGAAGUGGCAUGUGAAGAGCCUUGAGAAGACAUCGACCAGGAAGCGCUACCUCUACCAGCCCACUCGAAAUAAAGAUACCCUCGGCGGUAAGGAUGGUGCCCUGACAAGAGUGCUGCGCUACCCCCUGUACGACAUGAAGUCUUUUAGCUCCCUCUUCUUUCCGGAGAAGGAAAAACUGAUAGCGCUGAUCGAUCAGUUUGAAAGCAAAACGGGCCGGUUUGCGGUGCCAGGCUUUCCCCACAAACUCGUAUUGCUGCUGCAUGGGCCACCCGGCACGGGCAAGACCAGCCUGGUGAAGGCCAUUGCGCAGCAUACGGGGCGUCACAUUUUUUCCAUCCCUCUUUCUCAGGUUCGCACAAACCAAGAACUCAUCUCCUGCAUGCACGAUCAGCUCUUUGAGGUGUGCAAGAAUCGCCAGUUUUGGAAGGUCUCGCUUCGUCCGGAAAAACUCAUUUAUCUCCUGGAAGAUGCCGACGCCACGUCGGAUUUCAUGCUUAAAAACAAGACGAAGAGCACAGCGAAGAAGAGUCAAGGGAAACAGGCGUCUUGCCCACCGAAUAAGGACGCACUUACGACUAAAGGACUAUUGGAAGCAUUUGGCGGGAUUCUUGACGCCCCCAAGCGAAUUAUUGUUAUGACAACUAAUCAUAUUGAGCGACUCGACAGUGCCAUCGUUCGCCCAGGUUUCGUUACGAUGCGAUUGUACAUGGGGAAAUUUACGAAGGAGUAUGCGGCACAGAUGGUCAGGCAUUACUAUGGGCCCGAGGCGGCCACAGAGGAGCGUCUAAAGUGCCUGAAGGAAGUGUUGCAGCGGGCCAGUGACACGGAGGUUUACUUUAGUCCUUCCGAGUUGGAGCAGUUGUGUGCGGAGUAUGAAGAAAUUGAGGAGCUUAUCGAGGUGCUGAAGAAAGGAAGUCGAGAAGAGGUUUUUUAA